AUGCCUAUCCGUGCGCUGUGCACUAUCUGCUCCGACUUCUUCGACCAUUCCCGCGACGUGGCUGCCAUCCACUGCGGCCACACCUUCCACCUGCAGUGCCUGAUUCAAUGGUUUGAAACAGCACCAAGUCGGACCUGCCCACAAUGCCGAAUCCAGGUUGGCAAAAGAAGCAUCAUCAAUAAACUCUUCUUUGACCUUGCUCAAGAGGAGGAGAAUGUCUUGGAUGCAGAAUUCUUAAAGAAUGAACUGGACAAUACCAGAGCCCAACUUGCCCAGAAAGAGAAGGAGAAGCGAGACAGCCAAGCUAUCAUUGACAUGCUCCGAGACACACUGGAAGAGCGCAACGCCACUGUUGAAUCUCUACAGCAAUCCUUAGACAAGGCUGAAAUGCUGUGCUCCACCCUCAAGAAGCAGAUGAAGUUCUUGGAACAGCAACAGGAGGAGACUAAGCAGGCACGAGAAGAGGCCCGCCGACUCAGGAGCAAGAUGAAGACCAUGGAGCGGAUUGAGCUCCUACUCCAGAGCCAGCGGCCCGAAGUGGAGGAGAUGAUCCGAGACAUGGGCGUGGGACAGUCAGCAGUGGAGCAGUUGGCUGUGUACUGUGUGUCUCUCAAGAAAGAGUAUGAAAACCUAAAAGAAGCUCGCAAAGCCUCAGGAGAGCUGGCUGAGAAGCUGAAGAAGGACUUGUUUUCUUCCAGAAACAAGUUGAAAUCAGUCUACUCUGAACUGGACCAGGCCAAGUUGGAACUGAAAUCGGCCCAGAAGGACUUACAUAGUGCUGAGAAGGAAAUCACAAGCCUGAAAAAAAAGCUAACUAUGCUGCAGGAAACGCUGAACCUACCCCCGGUGACUGUCGAGACUGUCAACCGCCUAGUCUUAGAAAGCCCUGCUCCUAUGGAGAUGCUAAAGCUGAAGCUCCGCCGGCCAGCCGUCAGUGAUGACAUUGACCUUGAUGCCACCUUUGAUGUGGACACUCCCCCAGCUCGGCCCUCCAGUUCUCAGCAUGGCCUUGUCAAAAAGCUCUGCGUGGAGAAGGCACACUCUCCUGUUCGGGAUAUCCCCAAGAAGAAGCCUAAAGUUCCCAAGCAGGACUGUCAGCUCUCUCUGGGUGGCCAGAGCUGCAUGGGAGAGCCAGAUGAAGAACUGGCUGAUGCCUUCCCUGUCUUCAUCCGGAAUGCCAUCCUGAACCACAAACAGUCCAAGAGGACCAGGGCAGAGUCCUCUCGCAGCACAGAUGCAGUAAGGACAGGCUUUGAUGGACUCGGUGGACGGACCAAGUUUAUCCAACCUACUAACUCAACUAUGAUUCGCCCACUGCCUGUCAAGACCAAGGCCAAGGCUAAACAAAGAAUGGAGAUGAAAACAGUGAUCUCUUCCUCCCAGACCAAGUUAGACACUUUCCUGAGGUAG